AUGCCCGUCACGGAGGUGGAUAGACAAAAGUUUCGUAUGGAUGGAUCGAACGGCGGCCCGUCGUUUGAAGUCACCCUAAAAGGGGUUAUUCUUCGCUAUCGCCUACUUCGAGACACGGAGCCAAGCAAACAGGUUUUCCUGCUUUUUCCUUUCAUAACUCUUUUACAUGGAAAUAUAAUGUUUGAACUUAUGAGAGCGGGUUAUACUGGCAGACGUUACAUUACAGAGGCAGCUGAGUUUGAUCAAUGCCCGAGAAGAGAACUGGUCGAUUUUGUUAAUGAGCAUCUGCCAGCCAAGACACCAACUCGAGCCAUUCUUAAUUCCAUAGAAUUCGUCAUUCCAUUAGUGGAAGGUGUCAUC